AUCGUUGUCAAUUCGCUGGUCGAGUUGACCUCUAUCUCCAUCGUUGAUCAAAGUCGUCGUAACACACAAAUCUACACCAUCCUACGUUUGGAACUUGCACCCCUAUGCGGUUUGUCUCCUCCCUCGUUUUUAUCUUAGGCUUUGUGUCACUUGCAUCUGCGGCUCCUUUGGAUACUCGAAGACCGUCCUCCCACAUUGACGUUACCAUCGCGUUCGAAGAGAACCCGCUCGAAGGAAUUCACACACAUCUUACUCAGUCCUACACGAAUGCUGUGAAGGAGGAUGUAAGGACCUUGGUCAAAAGCAUCGCCGGAAGAGACCUAGGUGCACCAGAAGGCUCGGCCCUCUUAUUUCAUUGGAUUGGUACUCCCUCUCCAGACACUGCGAAGCCAGUGAUGUUUGACAUUUCCACGAAGGAGCAUGGUCGGUAUAGGGUGGCAAUGAGCCACAGAACACCAAUGCACGAUGUCAUUGUCACAGAUUCAUUGGGGCACCCAGUCAGGACACAAGGAGAUCCUUACCGAAACCCAUAGUCUUUGGGUCCUUAGGCUGCUUAGAUUAUAAACAGGAGUACUAGCCAACGGCUUGCGUA